AACAAUUUCACAGAGUUGUCUCUCUCUCUCUGUUUCUCACUCUUCCAGAUUUUAGUAGCUUCUGAACUUUCUUUUUUAUAAAAGAGAAAAAUGAGCAAGUUUUGGACUUUGCUCACUGCUCUUCACACAGGCGCUGGGCCUGUGGUGAUGUUAGUGUAUCCACUGUACGCAUCGGUGGUAGCGAUGGAGACCGCAACGAAAGUAGACGAUGAACAAUGGUUAUCCUACUGGAUCAUAUACUCGUUCCUCACACUCACGGAACUGAUUCUUCAAUCUCUUCUUGAGUGGAUUCCUAUUUGGUACUCGGUCAAACUUGUGUUUGUAGCUUGGUUGGUUCUGCCACAGUUCCAUGGCGCAGCUUUCAUCUACAACCGUUUGGUGAGAGAACAGUUCAAGAAACACGGCGUCUUCCCUCACCAACAGUCCAAGCCCACCAAGCCCAAGAUCCUUAAAUCCAUUUUCCCCCACAAGGAAGGGCACGCGGAGUGAGUAGACACAAGAAGCUUAACUAGUCUUGUGAUGGAGUUGGUGUUGGUCCCGUCUUGCCUAAUCUUACGUUUUACUUUUGUUUUGUUUAUACAAAAAAAAGGUUUGGGAAAGGAUGUGAUGAUCACUAAAUGAGUUGUGUGGUCGUUUUAAAGUAGUCAUGGCCUUUGUUGUUGUAUUGCCUUAGCUUCCACGCGUUUUUUCUAUUUUGGAAGGAACACAGGUGUUACGCUAUUGUUGUUCAAAAUCGUUUUCUAACUUUGUGAGAAUAAAUCAACCAUCUAUAUUACAUCAUAUCUGACGGAA